AAGAUGUCUAUGAAGCACAGUUCAGUUCUGCUGCUGCUGCUACAGCUGAGUUGCUGCUUCAGCUCUGGGAGUUGUGGGAAGGUGCUGGUGUGGCCUAUGGAAUUCAGUCACUGGAUGAAUAUGAAGACAAUCCUGGAUGCACUUGUCCAGCGAGGUCAUGCAGUAACUGUUCUGAGAUCUUCUGCUUCUGUUUUAAUUGAUACCAAAAAUGAAUCUGGGAUUAAAUUUGAAACUUUUCCUACAGCUUCUACUAAAGAAGAAAUGGAAGAAUUUUUCAUGUAUUGGAUAAAAACAUUGAUAAAUGAUGUGUCAAGAGAAAAAUAUUGGGAGUAUUUUCCAUUAUGGCAUAAAUUCUUUUUAGAAUAUUCUAACACUUAUGAAAGUCUCUGCAAAGACCUAGUUUUGAACAAGAAAAUCCUGGCAAAGAUUCAAGAAUCAAGGUUUGAUGUUGUUCUUGCAGAUGCCAUUGGUCCCUGUGGUGAGCUGCUGGCUGAGCUUCUGGAAGUACCCCUUGUGUACAGUCUCCGCUUCACUCCUGGCUACACCUAUGAAAAGUAUAGUGGUGGACUUCUGUUUCCUCCUUCCUAUGUACCUAUUAUUGGGUCCAAUUUAAGCGGUAAAAUGACGUUCAUGGAGAGGGUAAAAAAUACGCUAUGGAUGCUUUAUUUUGACUUUUGGUUCCAAACAUUUGAUGAGAAGAGGUGGGAUCAGUUUUGCAGUGAAACUCUUGGAAGACCUGUCAGAUUCUCUGAGCUGGUGGGGAAAGCUGCUAUGUGGCUCAUCCGAAGCUACUGGGAUCUGGAGUUUCCUCGCCCACUCCUGCCAAAUGUUGAAUUUGUUGGAGGGCUCCACUGCAAACCUGCCCAGCCUCUGCCCAAGGAAAUGGAAGACUUUGUGCAGAGCUCUGGAGAAGAGGGAGUGGUGGUGUUUUCCCUGGGGUCCAUGGUCAGUAACAUGACAGAAGAAAGGACCAAUGUGAUCACAUCAGCCCUUGCCCAGCUUCCACAAAAGGUUCUUUGGCGAUUUGAUGGCAGAAAACCAGAAACCUUAGGACCUAAUACUCGACUCUAUCAGUGGAUCCCCCAGAAUGACCUUCUUGGUCAUCCAAAGACAAAAGUUUUUGUAACUCAUGGUGGAGCCAAUAGCAUCUAUGAAGCUAUCCACCAUGGCAUCCCUAUGGUGGGUCUUCCUUUGUUUGGGGAGCAACCUGAUAAUAUCGCUCAUAUCACGGCCAAGGGAGCAGCUCUUAGAUUGAACUGGAGAACAAUGUCAAGUGCCGAUUUGUUCAAUGCCUUGAAGACAGUCAUUAAUGAUCCUUCCUAUAAAGAGAAUGUCAGGAAGUUAUCAAGAAUUCACCACGAUCAGCUCAUGAAGCCCCUGGACCGAGCAGUCUUUUGGAUUGAGUACGUCAUGCGCCACAAAGGAGCCAAACACCUUCGGGUUGCAGCCCACGACCUCACCUGGUUCCAGUACUACUGUCUGGAUGUGAUUGGGUUCCUGCUGGCUUGUGUGACAAUCGUUAUUUACCUUUUCAUAAAAUUUUGUUUGUUUGCUUAUCAAAAGAUUAUAACAACAGGAAAUAAAACAAAGCGAGAUUAG